AUGUCUCUAGUGCAGUACUCAGAUUCUGAAGGCUCCGAUGAUGAGCAACCUCCCCAGGUGGCCCCCACAGCUGUCAAAAAGGAACCGUCAGUUCCUGAGACAAAAGCAACGCAACCCGACCAGAAAUUCUCCUCGAUUGUAGAUCGCGGAAACCCUCGCAAAAUCCGAGUUGCCUUACCCGAGAUCAAACCGGAAACCGCUGCUGAUGGCAAGGAUGAUGACGAGGAUGGGCCGGCAAGAAAGAAACCUCGAACGAAUGGCGGCGGCGGCUUAUUCUCCGGAUUCAACUCAAUGCUUCCAGCGCCCAAGCGCCCAAACCCCCGUGUCACAGCUGGAGGGAAUGCCAAUGCUUCAAAAGUCUUCAGUUUGAAGACGGGCGCUGGUCCAGGAUUUGACCGGCAGGCCGAUGCUGAAUGGCGUCAGGAACAAGCUGUUAAUCUCGCGUCGACAGGGCGAGAUAAUGAUACGAUACCCAAACCCGGAAGUCUUCGUGGCGAUCAAACCGAAGGCAGCCUACUGAAGGAAGAUGAAUAUAAGAAAAAAGGCAAUGCGAUGAUGUUCAAGCCGCUUUCUGUGGCGCGAAAUGCACCGAAAAAGAAAUCAGCAGCGUUUGUGGCAGCACGAGCAGCUCCUCCUGCUACCACUGUUAAGACAACUGGUGCAUCCGAAGGGACAACAAAGUCUGCAUCAACAACAAACGACCUGUCUGUAACAGCCACCACUGCGGCUCCGCCUCCACCUGCGAAGCCCAAAGUCAGUCUAUUCUCAUUCUCGAAUGAAGAAAAGACCGCCCCAAUCGAACAAGCCAGCACAUAUGAGUCAAUCGUCUACAACCCUGAAGGUGCCGAUAUACCUUCUAACACAGAAGAAGAUUCGACCUCCUUGGAAUAUCAUAAUCAAUCAUCGACUGCAUAUCCUGUCCCCUCGACUCAGCAACAAUCAACACUAGAUGCAAUCGCUGACGACCUGAACCUUUCUCGCUCCCAGAGGCGACAGCUAAUGGGUCGUAACCCUGGCAUAUCACAAGCAAGCUCUCGAGUAAUUAAUUUCAAUACUGAUGCUGAAUAUGCAGCAAAUCAAGAAAUGCUCACAAAGGCUUCACAAGAAGAACUUGCUGCGCAACAACACAAUCCUGUCAGAGCAAUUUCCUCUGGCAAGCACUCUCUGCGCCAACUGGUGCAAGUAGCUAGUUCGCAGAAAGAGGCUCUCGAAGAAAGUUUUGCUGCUGGGAGAAGAAAUAAGAAGGAGGCUGGAUCAAGAUAUGGAUGGUAG